CCCAUCCUUCUCCAGGCCCAGCCCAGGCCCUGGCCAGUUCAGGCUACACCAUCCCAGGAUCAGCAUGGCUGUCUACCAGUGGGUAGUCACUCUGACCUUGGCUGCCCUCCUUGUUGUGGACAGGGAAGUGCCAGUGUCCGCAGGAAAGCUCUCUUUCACAAGAAUGCCCAUCUGUGAACACAUGGUAGAGUCUCCAACCUGUUCCCAGACAUCCAACCUGGUCUGCGGCACUGAUGGGGUCACAUAUACAAAUGAAUGCCAGCUCUGCUUGGCCCGGAUAAAAACCAAACAGGACAUCCAGAUCACAAAAGAUGGCAAAUGCUGAUCCUACAGGAGCACCUCAAGCCACGAAGUUUCAGGCUGAACAGUGGUGGAGAGGAUAUGAUGUGAAAUAAAAGAUCCAGCCCAACUCUG